UUGUAGUCCAACAGGAUGCAGACGGACUUGGAUCAUGGGGCUGCACUCGGAAGCAAUCGCUACCAUGAUAUUUACACUUUUGUUGAUUUAUUACACGUCCUUAUGUGCCGGUUUUGAGAUGAAGACUAUUUAUUGUACAUUAUCUGACAGCUGCGACUGUGAUUUUAAGCCAGAUAUAAAGGGGUUAGAGUGGGACCUUUUUAAAAACCUUUAUGGUCAACAUAUGGUUCAGGACAUUGUUUCGGAAGCAGUGGUGAAUUUUUUACAGGAUGAAAACCCGGAGAGACCACUGGUGCUGUCUUUUCACGGAGCAUCUGGGACUGGGAAGAGUCUGGUCAGCUCUAUGGUUGGUCGGCAUAUCUAUGGAACCGCUAUGGGCAGUCCAUACAUCCAUCAAUAUGUUCCCACAUUACACUUUCCAUCAGCUGACCGGGUCCAACAAUACAGGUCAGAUCUGAAGAAAUGGGUGGAGGGAAACCUAACAGCUUGUGCUCGAUCGAUUUUCAUUUUUGAUGAGAUGGAAAAGAUGCCACCCGGAGUGAUUGAUGUUUUAGAGCCACAUUUAGGCCCCUUUCAUGUACUUUUUCAGACAAACUACCGCAAGGCGAUUUAUAUCUUCAUAAGCACUAUAGGUCAGGACGUCAUUAAUAAACUUGCAUUGGAGAGCCAAAAAGCAGGAAGAGAUCGAGAGGAAAUUCGUCCUGAAGAGCUGGAUGAGCUCAUAGCUGAUGCUGCGUACAAUACCAGUAACAGUGGAUUUUACAAAUCCAGAAUUAUUACAAAAAAACUUAUUACCCGUUUCGUGCCUUUCCUACCCCUUCGACAACGGCACGUCGUGCGCUGCGCCCAAAGGGAGCUCUGCCAGCGUGGAGAGUGUCGUCGUGUAGAUGUGGCAUCGUCAGUAGGGGGCGCCAUGAUUUACAUGCCACAGGACAGCCCAUACUUCUCCAGCACUGGGUGCAAAUUAGUGCCGGCUAAAGUGAACCUGUUCCUUUGAGGACCGGAGAAGAAACAAUUUUAGGACCUUAAAAACAAUUGUUUAAACAGCUCUGCAGAUUAAGAGGGCAAGCCCUUUGGGUAAUGAAAACCUGAAUUGUGGAUUUGGGGACGUUUUCUCAGUUACAUGUCAUGUGGCUGGGUUUGGAUGAAGAGGAAUGAACGGCAAUAAGGCAUUUUCUCAUAUCUGAGUGUUUGAAACGCUCUCCAAGAUAUUGAUAGUUAAUUAUAAAUUAAAUGCUUUUUGUAAUUAUUUAUUUUAGGAGAUAUUUGUGAUGUAUUUAAGAUAUUAGCCAUAAGGUGGCAGAAGUGCCUGCUCAAAGAAGUUGUUUCUUUUUCUGCUUUUUUAAUUUUAUUUAAUAUGCAUGUACAUUAUGUGGAAUAGCCUUUUCUUUUGGUGUUAAAGGGACGCUCCACUUUUUUAAAAAUAGGCUCAUUGUUUAGCUCCCUAGAGUUAAACAUUUGAUUUUUACCGUUUUGGAAUCCAUUCAGCUGAUCUCUGGGUCUAGCGGUACCACUUUUAGCAUAGCUUAGCACAAUCCAUUGAAUC